GACACGAGCUGGCAGGUGCCCGGGGAGGUGCAGGAGGUGCGGAAGCGGCACGAGGCGGAGGAGGAGGAGCAGGCGCGCGCCGCCAGCAAGCUCUCCUUCUCGCUGGCGGGGCGGGGGGGCGCGGGGGCGGCGAGCAAGGCGGGCGCAGCAGCAGGGGGCAAGGCGACGGCGCUUGAGGUGGUCAAGAAGAAGCUGCAGGUGAUUACGGACGCCGACAAGGAGAUGAAGGCAGGCGCAGCAGCAGCUGCUGCUGUCAUGGCUGCUCCGACUGCUGCUGCUGCUGCGACGACCAAGCCUGGAAAGAGCAGUGCAGGAGCACAGGGUGGGGAUGGGAAGGAGGUCAACGCAGUCAACGGAGUCAAGGGAGUCAAUGGGGAGAAGGAGGGCGAAGAAGGCAAGCAGGAGGGAGAGGAUGGUGGAGGGGAGAGGGAAGACGGUGGAGAGGUGGCACAGGGGAAGGAGGGCGGGGAAAAGGGCGGCGGGGAGAAGGAGGGUGAGGAGAAGGAGGGUGAGGAGAAGGGGAGUGAGGAGAAGGGCGGGGCGGAGGUUCCGUUGGAAGAGCUGAGUCUGGAAGAAAGGGCCAUGAAGUUCCGUGUACGUGCUGCCAUGGCCCGAUGUGGUGUGGUGUGGUGUGGUGUGGUGUGGUGUGGUGAAACGUGGCAUGGCAUCGUGAAAGACGGGGUGGCAUGGAGUGGUGCAACAUUUGGUGGCAUUGAGAUGUUGAAGGAGAAGGGAGUGGCGCCAUUCUCCAAGUGGGAGAAGGAGCUGCCCAAGCUCAUCUUCGAUGCGCGCUACAAGGCCAUCCCCUCGCUGCCAGAGCGGCGGGCCAUAUUUGAGGAGUUUGUGCGCACGCGGGCAACAGCGGAGCGCAAGGAGAAGCGGUCGGCACACAAGGCGGCUGUGGAGGCGUUUAAAGCCCUGCUGGACGAGAUGGAGGAGAGCGGGGACCUGACACACGAGUCAACGGUGGAAACGCUGCACGGCGAUGCCAAGUGGGGCUCGGACCCGCGCCUGCUGGCUGCAGCGCUGGAGGACAAGGACCGCCUCGCACUUCUCAAUGAGCGGGUGGUGCCGCUGAAGAGGUUGGAGGAGGAGAGGCAGCAGGAGCGCAAGGAGGCGGCUGAAGAAGCGUUUGUGGAGAUGCUGAAAGAGUACCGCGGCAAGCGCUACAUUGCCCUCUCCUCCCGCUGCAAGCACAGCGAGAAGGGUGCAGCAAUGGCGCGUGGGAAGGAUCAUCCCUUCCCCGUCCCCCACCUACCCACCUCACUUCUGCUUCUCAUUCCCUCCUCACCCGCCCACCUCUCUUCCCCUCUCCCCUUGCAGCUGCGGGAGGAGUUGAAGGAGGAUGAGCGGUACAGUGCGGUGGAGCACUGGGAGGACCGCGAGCGGCUGUUUGACGCAUUCAUGGACACACUGCAGCGCGAGGAGGAGGAGAAGGAGAGGGAGGCGCGCAGGCGGUGGGAGGAGGAGAUAUCGUGGAUUGAUGCUCGGGAGAAGCUGGAGGAGGACGAGGCGUCGUGCUAUUGGAACAAGGAGCUCACCAGCCGCGACCGCCAGGACCUCUUCUACGAGCACAUGGCCCGCCUCAUCAAGCGCGUGCAGAGGGAGUUCCGCGAGCUACUGGAGGAGGAGCUGUCAGUGGCCGCCAUCUCCGAGGCUCGUGAGGACGGGCUCCGCCUCGCCUCCUCCUGGCCCGAUGCUAAGUCCGUGCUUCGGCACCAGGACCGGUACCGCGACCUGGUCCGGCACGAGCGGGAGGAGCUGUGGCGCGAGCAUGUGAGGAGCCUGGAGGGGGAAUUGAGGGAGGCUGGGGUGAUCGAUGACGACGGGCAGGAGGUGGAUGUUGCCGCGGUGAAGAGGGAUCGGAGGCGGAGGAGGAGGAGGAGGGAGAGGGAAGAGGAGGAUGAUGAGGAGGAGAAGAGAGGAGGUGGGGAGAAGGGAGAGGAUAAGGAGGAGAGGGGAGAAGGGAGAGCGUUGGGAGAGGGUGGAGGGGAGGGAGAGGAGGAGAGCAGGGAGGAGGGUGAGAAGGCGGAUGAAGAAGGGGAGAAAGAGGGGAAAGGGGUGGGUGAAAAAGAGAUGGAGGAGGCGGAGAGAGGGGAAAGGGAUGGCGUGGAGGUGGAAGAGGUAGAUAAGGACGAGGAUGAGGAGAGGGAGAAGGAAGAGAAGGAGAACGAAGAGAAGGUAGAGGAGGAGAAGGAAGAGAAGGAAGAGAAUGUUGAGAGAAAGAGUGAACUGGGCAGCAAUGCAGUGGGGGCCGAAGGAGAGGCUCUGGCGGAGCAUGGAGUGGGGAGGCAAGGAGUGGAGCGCGGAGAGGAUGAGGGGGGGAGCGGUUGGGGAGACAUGAACAAGGAAGGGAGCGAGAGGGAGAAGUGGGAGGAUGAUUUGAGGGGCGAGGACGGGGAGACAGGCGGGGGAAUGGCUGUGGCUGUGGAUCUUGGGAAAGAGACGGAUAGGGAGGGAGAACGAGGAGAGGCCGACGAGGAGGAGAAGAGCAAGAGGUCUGAGGAGAGGGAGAAGGAGAGGAGAGUGAAGAAGCGGGUUGAUGAUGGGGACGAGGAGGGAGAUGACGAGGAGGGGUGGGAUAAGGAGCACACGCACAAGCACAGCCACAGGGAGAAGCGAGAGGAAAGGCGCGCGGAAAAGGAGAGGGAGAAAGAGAAGGAGAGGAAGAAGGAGAAGGAGAGGGAGAAGGAGAGGGAGAAGGAGAGGAAGAAAGAGAAGGAGAGAGAGAAAGAAAGGAAGAAGGAAAGGGAGAAGGAGAGAGAGAGGGAGAAGGAAAAGGAGAGGGAGAGGGAGAGGGAGAGGGAGAAGGAGAGGGAGAGGGAGAGGGAGAAGGAGAGGGAGAGGGAGAGGGAGAGGGAGAGGGAGAAGGAGAAGGAGAGGGAGAGGGAGAGGGAAAAGGAGAGGGAGAAGGAAAGGAAGAGGGAGAAGGAGAGGGAGAGGGAGGAGAAAGAGAAGAAGAAGAGGGAUAAAGGACGAGAUGAAGAGAGGGAUGAAAAACGCCGGCACCGGAGGAGGGAGGAUAGCAAGGAGAGUGCAAGGGAGGAGGACGAGGAGACGGAUGAGAAGGUGAAACGGGGAAGGCGACAUGGGCAUGAGCACAAGCAUAAGCGUGAGGGGCGUGAGAGGGGGGAGGAGGAGGAGGAAGGGAAGAAGGAGAAGAGGCGUGAGAGGGAGAAGAAACGAGAACGGCGAAGAGGGCAGGAAUCUGACGAGGACAGGGAGGAGGGGACGAGGACGACACGAAGUGGUAAGGAUGGUGAGAGGGAGGAGGGGGGAGACAGCGAGGGAGGUAAAAGGAAGGAGAGGGAGGGGAGGGAUGAGAGGAAGAAGGGAAGGGAGAGGAGGCAGAGUAGUGAUGAGGACAGGGAGCAUGGUGAGGAAGAGGAGAGGAAAGAGAGGCACAGAGGUGAGGUGAAGAAGGAGGGUCGUGGGGGGCGGAAAAGGGAAAGAGAUGAUUCGGAUAGAGACAGUGCUGAUGAUGGCAGUGCGGAGAGGGCGAGGAGAAAGGGAGUUAGGGAAACGAGGAGGAAGGAUGAGAAGAGGGAUAGGCGGGGAGGAGUCGAGAGGGAUGAUGCUGAUAUGAAGGACAGGAAGAGAGGGAGGAGGGAGGAGAGCAAUGGGGACAGCGAUAGUGGAGAGAAGAGGCGGGGUAAAGGAAAGCACGGUGAGCGAGACAAGGGUGACAGGGACAGCGACCGGGGCGGAAGGCGCGGCAAUCGGAGGGAAGAAGAGCGGAAUAAGGUUAAACGGAUGGAGAAGGGGAGUGAGAGCGUGUCAGAUGAUGAUGAGAGUGAUGGAGAGAAGAGGGGGAAGGAUUGGGAGGAGGAGGAGGAGGAGGAGAGGAGGGGCAAACAGAGGGAUGUGAGGGAGGGCAGGGGAGGGGAGCAUGAAGAGUCUCGAAGCACGGAGAAAGGGGUGAAGUCUCCAGAGAAAAUUAGACGGAAGGAGAAAUCGAGAGAAGAGAGCAUUGAGGAUGAGACGAGGAAGCGAAGGGCGGACGGAUCAGACUCUAGUGGAGGAGACUCAGAGGAGGGGAGUGGGGGUGGUGGGAAGGUGGGGAAUAGGAGGUCGAGGGGAGAUGGCAAAGUGAGUGAUGAUGAGGGGGAGGAUGAAGAUGCGAGGAGGAUGAAGGAGAGACGGAGAAGGAAUGCGGUACGAAAGGGACGGAAGCGAGGGAGGGGUGAUAGCCAGUCGGAUGAUAGCGAUGAGGAGAGGAGGAGGAAAGGCAGGAAGGAAGAAAGUGACAAUGAGAGAGAGACUCCGAAGGCGAGAGGAAGGGAGGAGGAAGAAGAGUCGGAAAAGGAAAGGGCCGCUGCUCUCCGCUAUGGGCCUGAUACCCCUGAGAGCUCCCAUGGUGCUGAGAUGAGCGAUAGAGAGGAGAAGAAGAGUGGUGGGGUGGAGAGGAAGAGUGAUGGGGAAGGGAGAAUUAGAGAUGAGGCAAGAGGCAAGAGAGAAAGGCGUCCGAGCAGUGAAAGGAGCGAGGAGUCGGAGGGGGCGGUUGCAGUGAGAAGGGCGAGAGAGGAGAGGCGAGGGAAGGAGAUUAUUGAGGAUGCGAGUGAGGGACGAGAUACUUCGAAGAAGAGGGAUGAGAGUGAGAGUAGGAGCGGGGGGGAGGAGAGCGGCCGAGAGGAGCAGGAGAAGAGGAGGUUGAUGAAGAAGCGUGAGGAGACCGAGCAGCGUGUUAGGGGGAAGGAGACGUCAGCUGGGAGCAGCAGUGAGGGCGACGAGGGGAGGAGCGCGAGGAGGAGUGGGGACAGGCGUGUGGACAGGGGGCGAGGUGGAAGGAAGGGAGGGAGGGAUGUGAAAGGAGAACGGGAGAGGAGCAGGAGCAGCAGCAGGGGCAGAAGCAGAAGCAGGAGCAGGAGCAGGAGCAGGAGCAGGAACAAGGGCAGGAGCAGGAGCAGGAGCAAGAGCAACGAGAGAAAAAGCAGGACGAAGAGAGAUAGAGAUGAGGAGGAGGAGGAGGAGGAGGAGAGCUCAAAGAAGCAUGAGAAGAAGCAGGAGGGCAGGGGCAGUGAGAAAAAGAAACGGGGCAGCCACUCGGGCGAGAAGGCGAGGCGGAAAGUGAAGGAGGAUAGUGACAGCGAGAGGAGCGGGCGUGUGGAGAGUGAGGGGGGCGGCAGUGAUGGGGAUGAGGGGAAGGCGGUGAGCAGGAGGUCUGAUAGGAAGGGCAGCAGCAGGAGGCAUGAGACGCAGUCUCGUGGGAGGUAUGAGAAGGAGAGAGGUGAGAGGGAAGGGAGUGUUGGCAGCAGAGAUGGCAGCAGGGGGAGUGGAAGAGAGAGGUAUGAGGAAGGGGGCAGACGUAAGGCUGGUGCCAGUGGGCGGGAGCGGGAGAGGAGCAAGGAUAGGAAGGGAAGUGAGAGUGAGAGUGAUAAGGAUAGGCGCAGGGAGAGGGAGAAGCGCAGGCACAGUGGGAGGAAGAACAAGCGGGAGAGUGAUGAGAGUGAUAGUGAAUCGGAGAGGAGAAGUGGAAGGAAAGAGCGAAGGGAGAGGAGGAGCGGAGGAGGUAAGGGGAGGCAUCAGGAGAGGGAGAGGGACGGGAAGAGCCGUGGGAGUGGCAGGAGGGCCAGGGAGAGGGACAGUGAUAGUGAACGGCGCAGUGUGAGUGAGAGUGGGAGUGAGUGA